UACAGGCGUCCCAGUCCUUGCGCUGUGGGUCGUUUACUGUCAUUUUAAUUACUGAAAGAUAAUCUCUCGUACCCUACACAUCGUAGGAUAGUAUUAAUAUUAAUCGUCGUUUUGUCAAAAAGUGGGAUUAUCUGGGCCAAUGUUUUUGACGUCGGAAGGUGAAAGUGACAGGCUGUCUUGUUAGUUCGCUUUUAACAAAACUAGAAGCCUGCCAGCUGAAUGAAACCUCACUAUUUGCCUGAGAUUGACGCAGAGAAAGGAUGCAUUUCGCCGAUUUCCUCGCUGGCUCUGUAGGAGGGGCAUUUGGUGUGGCGGUUGGGUACCCACUGGACACGGUUAAGGUGAGGAUACAAACUCAAAACAAGUACAGGGGAGUUUGGCAUUGUAUCCGCUCCACAUGCAAGUCUGAAGGGGUGAAUGGCUUCUACAAGGGCAUGUCCAUGCCUAUCACAACAGUGUCCCUCAGUUCUUCUGUGGUUUUUGGGACCUACAGGAAUGUUCUUCAGUGCCUCUGUCAAAUUCGACAUGGAAGUCUUGAUGCCCGACCCGCCAAACUGGACAUCUUUCUCUCAGGGUUGGCUGGAGGAGUUGCACAGGUAUCAGUUAUGUCUCCAGCUGACAUAGUGAAGGUGCGUCUGCAAUGCCAGGUGGUUCCCUAUAAAGGAUUCUCCGCAGAGGCCCCAAAGCCAAAGUACCGUGGCCCCAUCCACUGUCUGAUGACUAUUGCCCGUGAGGAAGGAGUUCUAGGGCUGUACAAGGGAGCCCAGGCCCUGGCUCUGAGAGAUGGACCCUCUUUUGCCACUUACUUUACUACCUACAACAUUAUCUGUGAACGGCUUACAGCUCCAGGGCAAACCCACCCAGAGUGGAUAGUGGUCCUGCUGGCAGGAGGUCUCUCAGGUAUAUGUGGCUGGUUUAUUGGCACACCCAUGGACCUGAUCAAAGCUCGUCUCCAGAUGGACUGGAUGGGGGAGAGGAGAUACCGGGGCUUUUUUCACUGCAUUACCAGCUCCGUACGCUCUGAGGGGCCCGGUGUCCUCUUCAAGGGACUGAGUCUUAACUGCAUACGUGCCUUCCCUGUCAACAUGUCAGUGUUUGCAAUGUAUGAAGUAGUGAUUCGCCUUUUGAAACCAUCAGCUUAAUGUUAUAAGUUUUUGGACAUUUAUUCUUCUUAGAAAUGCAAGUGUGCCAAUUUUUUUUUUGUUUUUUGAACACAGUAUGUCUCACCAGGAGGUAAUUGAUAUGAUACAUAUGAAGGGAUGGCUUUGUUUAUGAUUUCUAAUCUCUGGAGGCAUGGCAGAGGAAGUUUGCAAAGGAAGCAGUGCUGAUAUUGUACACUUUAAUAUUUGUGUGGGAGCAGGAAAGUUUUCUAAAUAAGGAAAAUGGAUUCAUAUACAAUAUUUUUUCUGAUUCUUUUAAGUGCUGGUGUGUGAAUUUGAUGAUAUUUUUUUCCCCUGGAGAUGCUAUAUUUUUUAAAUUGCUAUUUUCAUUGUAGAGGUACCCAGCAAAGGACUCUUUGAUGGAAUAUUCCAGGUACUGUACAAUAUCUGAACUAUGUAAAGUAUUUCAAGGAAACUACCUUCCUUGCAAACGUAACAUUCUUCUUAUAACACAGAGGCAUACAAUGCAGUCUUUUAAUGGACCACGAUUACCACAUUUCGGUUGACAAACCAAACCCUUUAACACUACAGAAUAGUUGAUACUAAACGGUUUAUGAAAAUAUAUUUAAGUGGUGAUGUUUUUUGUUGCUUUUUGUUUUUGAAGUGAGAAACUGGGGUAUAUCUAUAUUCUAUGUUUUGGAAACCCCUAAAGUCUGACAUUGUGAAAUUGUCUUUGCAAGACAUUUCAAUUUUAGGGUUCUGCACUACCACAUGGAAUUGAUAAUAUUACUAAUUUUUACUUGAUAUUAUUUUGCAUGUAUCAGUGUUGCAAUUUGUGAUCAUGUGUCUUUUUCACAAGGCAGCAUAAGAAACUACUGUUAUCUCAAGGGGCCAUCUGUCUUCAGAUCUCCUGGAUGUGAGUUUUGCUGGAUUGAACAAUGUCAUUUUUGAAACCUACCUCUGUGAAACAGCAUUUUAAUUAGGACCACCUCGUGUAGUUCUGGCCCCAGAGACAUGGCAGCAUCAUUUCAACUCUCACUUACAGAAGGCAGUCCAUAUUCUGAAUUGACUAAUGAUCAAACCUUUUCAACAAUGAUUUUAAUACCUCAUUUUUACUAGCCUAAUUGUUUCUAAGCGACAGUGUUGACAUUUGCUGAGGUGUAGUAUUUUAUCAAGAAUAGGCACCUGAUCAGGGAACAAAUGAAUGAGUGAAACAUGAUUUUAAGUUCUAACUUGCACACGUUCUGCUGGAGAUUUUAUUGUAAAAAUGUAUGGUGAUUUUAAAGGUACAUGGUAUUUAUUUGCAAA